CCACACACCAGUACUACUUCCAUUGUGGCUGGUUUCGCCGGAGCUCUUCGAAAGGUCAGGAAACGGUUCAACAACGAAGGCUGAAUGGCGGGAAAGCCAACUUCUCUUCCAUCUUUCUUUACCAUAUGCACUUUGCAGAGAUCGCUUCUUGCUCUUGCUGCCAUUACUCUAUUAUCUUUUACUUUCUUCUCCCUCAAAUCUCUUCGUUCUCCGAUUCGAUAUGGCUCAGAUCUCUCUGCAGAUACCCUCAAAAGUAAGGUCGUUUCAGAGGUCGGUGUCAAUGACGAUUUCUCUGACAUCUAUCACUAUCCGGAGGUUUUCCUGCUGAAUUACGCGGAGAUGGAGAAGAAUUUUAAGGUUUUCAUAUAUCCGGACGGAGAUCCGAAUACGUAUUACCAGACGCCCAGGAAGCUUACUGGGAAGUACUCCAGCGAGGGUUAUUUCUUCCAGAAUAUCAGAGAGAGCCGUUUUCGGACGGAGGAUCCGGAUUCAGCGCAUCUCUUCUUCAUUCCAAUUUCUUGUCACAAAAUGAGGGGGAAGGGCACAUCCUAUGAAAACAUGACCAUAAUUGUCCAAAACUAUGUUGAGAGCUUAAUAUCCAAGUACCCCUAUUGGAAUAGGACCCUGGGAGCCGACCACUUUUUUGUCACUUGUCAUGAUGUUGGUGUCAGGGCAACUGAAGGAGUCCCAUUGCUAGUGAAGAAUUCAAUUCGGGUUGUCUGUUCUCCGAGUUAUGAUGUUGCAUUCAUCCCACACAAGGAUGUUGCUCUUCCUCAAGUACUACAGCCAUUUGCUCUUCCACGUGGAGGAAAUGAUAUAGAAAACAGGACAACUCUUGGUUUCUGGGCAGGACACCGCAAUUCUAAAAUAAGAGUUAUACUUGCACGUGUAUGGGAGAAUGAUACAGAACUCGAUAUCAUGAACAAUCGAAUAAAUAGGGCUACUGGACAUCUCAUCUAUCAGAAGAAGUUUUAUAGGACUAAAUUCUGUAUAUGCCCUGGUGGUUCCCAAGUCAAUAGUGCUCGCAUAGCAGACUCAAUUCAUUAUGGAUGUGUUCCUGUGAUAUUGUCUAAUUACUAUGACUUGCCAUUCAAUGAGAUCCUCGAUUGGCAAAAGUUUGCUGUCAUAGUCAAAGAGCAAGAUGUCUACCAGCUCAAGCAAAUACUCAAGGCCAUUACUGAUGCAGAAUUUAUUGCACUGCAUAAUAACCUAGUCAAGGUUCAGAAGCACUUCCAGUGGAAUACACCACCUAUCAAAUAUGAUGCAUUUCAUAUGGUCAUGUAUGAGCUUUGGUUGCGCCACCAUGUUAUCAAAUAUUGAAAUCCAGAGGACGUGCUAAUUUCGUGCGAACGUGGGAGUGUCUACAUCUGUCGCAUGAAGUUGGACGCUGAAGAUUCUUUUAUCUAAUUUGGUCUCAGCAGAUCCAUAAGCGUGUAAUACUAUUGCAUUCAAUAUUUCAGAGCAUGCAUUUUUGAUCGAAGAACUAACACCAAGCCAGUGAAAUGGGAAGUUCACACAGGAUUAGUAUCAGAAUGAGGAAGAACAUAAUGCGUGGGAACUGAAAUGAACAGAAGAUCUACGUGAUGCGGAGUGUCCACCUGAUGUUAACUGUUAGAGACAGUAAAAGAUUCCAAUCUUUGUGCUAUCCAUCUGAUCCGUUUUCCUUGUCUAGUUA